AUGACGGCUGACCGAAUUUUAUGGAUCGUGCUGCUUGUGCAAGCCUCACUUACAACCGUUCUUACAAGUGCGCAGCCACCAGGUCACGUGACCAUGGAUUCCAUCAACCUGAGGCACAUCUUGAGAUGGCGCCCCCCGCUCGUGCAUUGCAGCAGGCCGUUGCUCUACUCAGUGCAGUACCAAGGGGAGUUUGAGCUGAUGAUUCGAGACGGCACAUGGCUGAAUUCUCAUGGGUGUCAGAAUAUAGAGCACACUCACUGCGACCUGUCCUUGGAAUUGGGCUCCGACUCAGACUACAACAUCCGCGUGCAAGUGCACUGCGGCAACAAAACGGUGGCAUGGCAGCAACUGAAGCAGUCAUUCAACCGGAGGGACACCGUUUUGAUGGUUCCCAAGAUGAAGGUUUCAGCGGUGGGCGGUACCCUCCUGGUCGCCGUGGAGCAGGCCCCGCCUUCGGCAUCCAUCCAAGUGGAGGUGCUGAAGAGUGGCGACACCCCGGAGCAGCCUCAGGUGUUUACCUUCCCAGCUAAGGAAAAGCUGUUACGCGUGCCCAACCUGCAGGAGAGAGCCCAGUACUGCGUCCGCGCGCAUCUGCUGUUGCUGGGAGAGCAAACGCCAAGCCAGCGCACUCCAGAAGAUUGUGUGCGCAUUCCAGGUCCAAACGAUGUCUGGAAGAGUCCUACCACAGCGGUGCUGACGCUCCUCCUCAUGGGCUGCGUGACCUUCGGCGUCGUGUGGUGCGCCAUUCAUUGCCGUGCACAUAACUACUGUCGCUACUUCAUGAAGGAACCGCUGACACAGGUUCUCUCCAAGUUCGACUGGACAGCAACCAACGUGCCCACAGAGCAGCCGGAAGAGGUUUGCACGGAGGCAAUUGUAAUUCCCAAGGACCACCUCCAACUGAUCUCACCCGUCCAUGGUCACGGUUGA